AGCAGCCGCGAGGGGGCGCACGCGGGGGCUGCCGGUACCCAUGGCGUCUCCGGGCUGCGGUUUCCUGGGCCUCUUGGCCUGGUUGCUGCUCCAGCCCGGUCUGGGGGAGGCCCAGGAAGGGACGACGCAGCUCUCCCCAGCGCCCGUCACUUCAGGGAACAGCAGCAGAGAAAGCACUGAACUUGUCUGGGGCCCCAUGGCGGGGUCCCCAGGGACCUCCCCACCCGCCUCCACCAGGCUCCCGAUCUUGCUGGUGCCCUUUGCCAAAGUGUGCGGUCACUCCACCCUGAAAAUCGUGGGAGGCGUUGACGCCGCCGAGGGGAAGUGGCCCUGGCAGGUGAGCGUGAGGAUCAACCGCAAGCACGUCUGCGGAGGCUCCCUCAUCAACGCGCAGUGGGUCCUGACCGCCGCCCACUGUAUUUUAAGUGUCAAGAUGGGAGACCGGAGCAUCUAUGAAGAGAGCACCAGUGUGGUGGUCCCGGUCAGAAACAUCAUCGUCCACCCUCGGUUCACCACGUCUGUGACCGUGAAGAACGACCUUGCCCUCCUGCACCUCCACCACCCCGUGAACUUUUCCACCACCAUCCAGCCCAUCUGCAUUCCCCAGGCGGCUUUCCAGGUGGUGGCUGGGACCAGGUGCUGGGUAACUGGAUGGGGCAGAACAGCGGAAGCUGUAGAAAAGUUUUUGCCAGAAGUUCUCCAGGAGGUGGACCAGUACAUCGUCCUCUAUCAAAAAUGCAAUGAGAUGAUACAGAAGGCCCUGCCCUUUCCCAGGGAGGCCGUGCUGAGAGGGAUGAUCUGUGGCUAUAGAGAAAGAGGCAAGGAUUCUUGUCAGGAGGUUCGUGGGAAGAAGCCCCUCACCUCCGCCUGGCUGGCCUGGCCUAUUCCUUCCGAAGGGAGCAGCCCUCGGGCCUGCAGGCGCUGCUAG